ACACGAGAAUCAAUAAUUGCAUAUUCAAUAAUCCCUGUGAUAAAUAACUGGUAGUCUCGGUCUCACAGAGAGCCGGAGAUUGAGAAAAAUGGAACUUCAUCAUUUCACUCACACACAUCCAUUGACUUUCUUUGAAGGCCAAAACAGAGACAAUGAUGCUGAAAAUACCGAUUGCUCCGGCUGCCUGGAUCCAAUACUCAAGGAAUCUAGCUAUGGUUGCACUCAAUGUAACUAUUUUCUCCACAAAAAAUGUGCAGAGCUACCCAGUAAAAUUUCCCAUCCUAUCCACCCAAGACGCACUCUUCUUCUUCGAUUCUACGAGCCGGGAUUUGAAUGUGUUUUGUGCACCCGCUAUGAAGGGAUCAUGGUUUAUAGCUGCUCUCUGUGUGACUUUUCCAUUGACAUCAGAUGUGCUGAAAUUUUACCUUCGGUUAUUCAAUCCCAAAUCCAUCAACACCCUUUUAACCUCCUCUGCAAGAAAAUCUCAUUCUCUUGCGAUGCUUGUGGCGAAGAUGGCUCUCACUCUCCCUACGUUUGCGCCUCCUGCAACCUCACAGUUCACUACCACUGUACUUCAUUACCAAGAACCAUCAGAAUAAUUCGCCAUGAACAUCUUCUCAGACACGUUUAUUUUCUUCAUGAAAGUGAGUCUGAAUGGAGCCGCUGUUCGAUUUGUCACCAGGAUCUGAGGACAUCUAGUGGGUGUUAUCAUUGUGCAGCAUGCGAUUAUGCCGCCCAUGUCCACUGCGCAAAAGACUCUAACAUAUGGGAUGGCACAACAAGAGAUGAAGAAGAUGGUACGGAGGGCAGUGAGGCCAGGCUAGAUUCUAUAAUCAGGAUUUUUAAGGAAAUCAAGCUGGAUGAAGACAUGAUUGCAGCUGAGAUUGAGCAUUUCAGCCAUGAACAUACUUUGACUUUCAGUAAUGAGGGUAAGGAUGAUAAAUUUUGUGAUGGGUGCGUAAUACCCAUUUCGUCUCCAUUUUAUUGCUGUGAAGGGUGUGAUUUCUUCCUCCAUAAAACUUGUGCUGAAUUACCCAGAAAUAAGCAUUACCCAUUUCACCCGCAUACACUUACUCUUCUACCAAAAUCGCCUCAUUCUAACAAUAUCUUCGCAUGUAAUGUCUGUUCAAUCUACUCCAACGGCUUCUCUUACACCUGCGAGAUGUGCAGUUUUGAUGUCGAUCUUCGAUGCUCUUCAAUUUCAGACACCCUUAUCCAUCAAGCUCAUAAACAUAGCCUCUUUGCCAUCUUCGAGAAAAUUAUGAAGCGGCGCUGCAAUGGCUGUGGUGCGUCGGAAGAGAAGGGACUGGUAUGCCACGAAUGUUCGUAUUUUCUUGAUUUCAAAUGUGCUACACUACCACUCACAGCUAUGCAUAGCUAUGACGACCAUCCUCUCAAACUCACCUUCAAGGAUGAUUCAGAUCCAGAUCAGCUUUAUUGCGAUGUAUGCGAAGAUAAGAGAAAUCCAUAUCAUUGGUUCUACUCUUGCAAUGACUGCGGUGUCACCAUUCAUCCCAAAUGUGUAUUUGGCAAGUAUCCUUGUAUUAAGCUUGGAGAUACUUGCACAAUUGAUUCUCACCCACACACACUCCAUUUUGUGAAGAAGACAGAGAAGUAUCCUUCCUGCAACUGUUGCGGCCAAACCUGCACAGAUUUGGCACUUGAGUGUGGGGAGUCUGAAUGUAGUUUUAUAGUCCACAUCGAAAAUUGCUCUUAAUAAUUCUUGAUUUUAAAAAUAUAUUCUGGCAGCCAAUAUAUGUAAGUCUUGUAGUUUCCGCUACAAACGCAGUAAACGGAACAGGAGACUAAGAUGGAGAUCAAACAUAAAGGUCACCCCAUCACUGCUUUUCCAAGAUUGACCGCAAGAAAUUAUCAAAGCUUUUGCCAUAUUUGCUUCUAAGAAAGAUUCUGCAGGUCCUACUUAUAAUAAUAAUGUUGGAAUUUAUUGUUGCC